AUGAGAUUUUCGCACAUUCUCAGCACGCUGGUGCUGGUGGUUUCCGGAGUAUGUGGAGUUGAUCUGUCUAUCAAAAGCGAGGAGUCGAUCAGAAACGCUACUGCGCUGAUAUCGAGCGGUUUGAUGGAUUACUACUGGGGAUUUGACUCCGGUGGAACUAUCGGAAUGUUCACCAAUCCGUACUAUUGGUGGGAAGCCGGUGGAGCGUGGGGAUCCAUGCUGGAAUACUCCUUCCUACUGGAGAACGAUACUUGGCACGAUACUAUUAUGACUGCGAUGCUAUACCAAGUUGGUGAUAACUGGGACUAUAUUCCACUUAAUCAGAGUACCGUUGAAGGUAACGAUGACCAAGCGUUUUGGGGUAUUGCUGCCUUGACCGCAUGCGAGCGGAACUUCACCAAUCCGGGAGAUGACGAGCCCCAAUGGCUAUAUUUGGCCCAGGCAGUUUUCAACACCAUGGCGCUCAGAUGGGACACUGAAAAGUGUGGUGGUGGCCUUAGAUGGCAGAUUUUCCAGUGGAAUGCUGGUUAUGAUUAUAAGAACAGUGUUUCGAAUGCAGGCCUUUUCCACAUCGGUGCUAGACUGGCACGUUUUACUGGAAACGAAACCUAUGUGACCUGGUGUGAAGAAAUCUACGAUUGGAUGGUGGGUGUGAACUUUUUGACUCAGGGCGACUUCUGGUUCGUCUAUGAUGGUGCUUCUGUCGAAGACAACUGUUCCUCAGUGACCAAACUGCAGUGGAGUUACAACGCUGGUUUGAUGGUCUCCGGGUGUGCGUAUCUCUACAACCACACUGAGGAAAAGAAGUGGUUGACACGUACCGAGAAGUUGGUCAAUGGCAUCCAGGUGUUUUUUGACGACGACGUGAUGUACGAGGCGGCUUGUCAGGGAAGUGGAAAUUGUAACAACGAUCAGCGUUCCUUCAAGGCCUAUCUCUCGAGAUUCCUUGGAUACACCUCGAUUUUGGCACCAACCACUUGGAGCACGAUCAGACCGUGGAUUGAGACAUCGGCUAAGGCUGCUGCUGGCUCGUGUGUUGGUGGUUACGACGGCCACACGUGUGGCUUGAAUUGGACCAUGAAUGGAUGGGACGGCUUCUACGGACUCGGAGAACAGAUGUCUGCACUGGAGGUGAUCCAGAACCUCCUUAUCGCCGACAGACCAGCCCCAUACACAGCUUCGAAUGGAGGCUCCAGUACGGGUGACCCUGCAGCCGGUACCCAGACCACGACCACGGUUGAUUCGCCAUUGUCACUCGGUAAGGGCGAUACUGCAGGUGCCGCGAUCAUCACCUGUAUCAUCGGAGUCUCGCUGAUAUCCGGUGGUCUUUGGCUGGUGCUGUGA